GCGGGAGGGGUCGGCGGCGCGGGGUUCGGGUACCGCCGCGCCGGACACCCCCGCACCGGGGGCUCCUGCACCACCCCACAGCGCGUCCCCGCUCCGGUCCGCCACAGCCUUUGGCAGAACCGGGCAACGGCCCCGGCACACCGGCGCGGCUGAGGCGGCGGCUGCCUGCAGCCCCGGCGGGCCGGCGAGCGCCGGGGGAGCCCCGCGUUGCCAGGAUGCGCCCAGCGCUGGAGGAGCCACGCGGCUGCGUCCCGCUGAGGGACCGUGCUCGGUGCCGCAGCAGCGCUGCGCACCCACUGGGCGCAGGACCCUCCCCGGCACCCGCGCCCGCCGUGCAGGAUGCACAGCCUCGGCUCCCUGCUGUCCCGCCGCUGGGUUUGGCCCCGGCGGCGCAGCAGCACCGAGCUCGCCGCCACGACCGACCCUGGCACCGACACCGGACGCGCCUCGGGUGCUACCCGCUCCCGGACCUGGAUCCUAGACCCCUCUGGAGACUGGUACUACUGGUGGAUCAGCAUCAUGGCGCUGCCUGUCCUCUACAACUGGAUCUUCCUCAUCUGCAGGUCCUGCUUCCCUGACCUGCAGGAGCAGCAUGCAGUGCUGUGGCUGAGCCUGGACUACCUCUGCGACGCACUCUAUCUGCUGGACAUUGCUGUGCACUUCCACACCGGUUGGUGCCUGUGCCCCAGCAUGCCCCUGCCAUGCCCUGGUCCCACACCUGUGCCAUGCCUGCCCCAAUUGCACACCCAAAUGCACGCUCACCUGUGUGCACAGACAUGUUGA